AUGUCAUCGUCUGUCACUAUGUUUGGAACCGUGGUGCUCACGUUGGUCCUUCCCUGCGCAAUAAUCUUGUGUUUGUUUUUGCAUUGUUAUACCAAAUACUUGAGACGGCGAGACGGUGAGGAGUUGGAAGCCUUUCGGGUCCAAGCACAAGCACGACGAAUGAUGCGUCAGCAACAAAUUAAUGGCAGAAGAGGAGAUAACAAUGAGAAUGAUGAUGAUGCGAUAGCAAGCCAAACUACUACCAACAACAAGAAGUUGUUAUCAGAUGUCUUUUUGUUUCACACAAUUCAACAAAACGACAAAUCCAUUCCUUGGCAGACGCAAAACCAGAAUACGAAGAAUGCUGAUGCGACAGAAAUAACAUUCUGUACCGAUUCCGAUGCUCCUGCCUCUUCUAAUGAUGAUGAACAGUACAAUAGGAACUCCAGCGCAAACGAAGGUACUAUUGCAUCAGCAUCAGAAGCAGCAGCCGAACCAAAUGGAAUCAAGCUGAGAGAUGAGACCAACGAUGACUUGGAAGUGGGCAUUAUGACACCUAGCUCUUCGAAAAGCCACUGUUCCUCAGUCCACUCUUGUCAAUCCUUUAACGCAUUCCGGGAUAGGGUGUUUGGAGGCACAGCAAUGAGUGCUGAUAGCAACAACAACAACAACAAAAAGAACAAUACGAAAAAGAGAAGCAAAAGAACCAAGAAAAAGAUUGAGAAGCACCCGACCUACUUUGCGUCCAAUCGAUCCAAUCCCAGUCGUCGUUCCAGAAUACUGCGUGAGGCAGCGGCAGCGGGAGAAGAAGACGAUGAUGACCUAGACAAAGACUGCUGUUGCAUUUGCUUGGAAGGAUAUGCCACGGGAGAAGUCAUUUGCACGCCCAAACAAGAAGAUUGCAACCACAUUUUUCACAAGGAAUGCUUGUUUGAAUGGAUCCAACAUCAGAAUCAUGACUGCUGUCCACUCUGCCGGGUUGUCCUGAUUGAGUGA